AUGGCCCCUCAGUCUGAUGCGGCUCCUGUCCGCGCCAGCGUCGGUGACGACCAUGUCAAGAAGCGCGUGAGCAGGAAGUUGCACAAGAGACGGAGAGAGGAUCUUUCAGCAACCAUAUUCCCCGAACCUCUACAAGAAAGCGACAACUCGGGCGACGAGGAUGUCGUCCCGACUCAGGGACCGCCCAUGUUCAUGAACAUGAACCAGAGCAUCUUUGGCUUGAUUGCUGCAGCGGGUUCGCGCGUCGACUUUAACGAUCGAUUCGAUGGUAUCAGCAGUGAUGAUGAGGAGAGUCCGGAACCCAAGGACCGUGAAGGACGGUCAGAAGACAUGUCCAAGACCUCUGUGUUAAAGUCAGCAGGCAAGGAGAAAGGCCACCGUAGGAGGAAACUUUCGGAGCACAAGCUAUUACGCUCUCUUCCUGCAUUGCCCAAAUUUCACACAAAGUCUAAGCGCCACUCAAGUCGUCUUUCUGCUCCUGCUGAAGUAGCCGACGAAUCCAGCGAUGCCAGCCAGAGUGGUUUAUCAACUCCUCCCACCUUUGCCAUCACCCGCCACGAUAGCCAUGGUCGACAAGCACCUGUAAUGUCGCGGAUGCUCGAGGCCAAGGCAGAGAUGACGAGCCGCCCGAGUUUUGACCUGGACCGGCUCUCGUCGGACGCGAGUCGGUCUAGCGAUAGUCAGGAACCGCAGCCUCUGGCAAAGAAGUUGAUGGAAAUCUUCGAGUUCAGCGAGCCGGAGCGGGUCAUCGAGGAAUAUCCUUGCUGGUUGCUACAGAGUGUCCUUCUACAAGGAUACAUGUACAUCACUUCGAAGCACAUUUGCUUCUACGCCUAUCUCCCCAAGAAAGCGCACGAGGCAGCCAAGUCGGGUUACCUCUCAAAGAGCGGCAAGCGAAACCCCAAAUAUAACCGAUACUGGUUCCGGCUCAAGGGCGACGUUCUGACGUACUAUGCGAGCUCGACGGAUCUCUAUUUUCCCCACGGCCAGAUCGACCUUCGGUACGGCAUCUCGGCAACCAUCGUGGACAAGGACAAGGAAGGGCUUCACUUUCAGGUUGAGACUCAUCAUCGCACAUACCACUUCCGGGCCGACAGCGCGCCUAGUGCAAAGGAAUGGGUCAAGAGUCUUCAGCGUGUCAUUUUCCGAAGCCACAAUGACGGAGACAGUGUCAAGAUUUCGCUGCCAAUCGAGAACGUGAUCGAUAUUGAAGACACUCAGAUGAUCGAGUUUGCAGAUACUUGCAAGAUCCGUAUAAUCGAUAACGACGAGACUUACGCGAUCGACGAGUACUUCUUCUCUUUCUUCAGCUUUGGCAAGGAAGCCAUCAAUGUGCUCAAGAUCCUUAUUGAGGAUACCUCGCCAGCAAAUCGCUCAGCGGAGCAGAUCCCUCCCUCAGCCCGAACUUCCAUGGCGGCAAACAGAAACAGCCUGCAUGUGGGCAAACUGCGGACUACCAAGCUGCCAGACACGGUCAAGGCGACCUUGUCACCAAUGUCGCCCAGUUCUCCUAGCCAACUUAGCCCUCGCGCAAGUAUGGAUGCGCCACGAUCUAGCUUUGAUGCGCUCAAGAAUUUUGGACGAAAGAGUAUCGACGUCAGUCGCCCUCCUAUCCGAGAUAUCAGCCCUCGAACGAGUUUUAACGGAACGCGACGAUCGAUGAGCCGCAGACGCCGAGAGGGUACCACGACUCCGAAGCAAGCGCUAGACUCUGGGGACUCGUUCCUUCAGUCGUCAGUAGAGGACCCGAGCAUCUCUACUCUGGCCCCGUCUUCUCUCGAAGACCCGUCUGCCAGCCAGAUCCUGAGAGGAAGUGAAGUCUUUCACAACCCAACUAUGCGACGGUCGGCUUCGGCCAGCAGAAAGGUGUCUCCUGACAAGAACGUGCCCCGUAACUCCAGCGCACCGCGCAUUCGUCCCAUUGUUCAUGCGGCGACGACUGGCUCUAUGCAGGAAAUGCAGGGAGAGGGGGAGAGCUCUCAACGCCCACUUACUCCAACGCUGCAGAGCAUCACCAAGAUGGGAGCAUACCCAUUGCAGAGAGCAAAUGCAUUUGCCGAGUAUCUCAGCAGGACUAGCCAGCGCAUGGGUUCAAUGUUUGCGACCGAGUCAAUGGGCUACGUUGAAAAGGUUCACGGCAUGUGGAAGGGAGGCCAUCGCCAUUACGAUGAGCCUUCUGGGCUUAGACCCGACGACGACGAUGAUGAAGAGGAGGAUGGCAAGAUCCAGAACUUGAUGGAUCGAUUCCGGGCGCAUUUUGCGCUACCAGAGUCAGAGAAGCUUCUUGCGACAUACUUUGGUUACAUUGUCCGAGUCUUGCCUCUUUACGGAAAGUUCUACAUCAGCGACCGAUCAUUCUGCUUCCGAAGUCUGGUUCCAGGGACAAGGACCAAGCUCAUCUUGCCUUUGAAGGACAUUGAGAAUGUUCACAAGGAGAAGGGUUUCCGAUUUGGCUUCUACGGUCUUGUGGUUGUUAUUCGCGGCCACGAAGAACUCUUCUUUGAGUUCCGCCCCCCGGAGAUUCGGGACGACUGCGCUGUUACCAUGCACCAGAUUCUUGAGACCAGCCGGUAUCUCGAAAAGUCAGGAAUCCUUGAGCAGGAGGAACAAGAAGAUGAGGACGUCGCGAUUGCUGAGCGUGAUGCCUUAAAGGAGGCGCGACAAGACGAGUUUGCCGAUCACGAGCUGCAGCUUCCUCAUGAGACUUCUGGGGUCUCCAAUGCUCCGACCAUCCUCUUUGACGAUCCCAACGCAUCUGCUCUUGCUUUCAAGCCCCAGAAGUCGAUGAAGGUCACAUGUCUGACGAUCGGUUCCAGAGGCGAUGUCCAGCCCUACAUCGCGUUGUGCAAGGGCCUCCUUGCCGAGGGUCACAAGCCUCGAAUUGCCACACACGCCGAGUUCCAGGGUUGGAUCGAGUCCCAUGGCAUCGAGUUCGCCCGGGUCGAGGGUGAUCCUGCUGAGCUGAUGCGCCUGUGUAUCGAGAACGGAACCUUUACAUGGUCAUUCCUUCGCGAGGCAAACUCGACCUUCCGAGGAUGGCUUGACGACCUUCUCGACUCGGCAUUCAAGGCGUGCGAGGGAUCCGAGCUUCUUAUUGAGUCUCCGUCAGCGAUGGCGGGUAUUCAUAUCGCAGAGAAGCUCGGUAUUCCGUAUUUCAGAGCUUUCACAAUGCCUUGGACUAGGACACGAGCAUACCCUCAUGCCUUUAUCAUGCCCGAACACAAGAUGGGAGGAGCCUACAACUACAUGACGUACAUCAUGUUUGACAACAUCUUCUGGAAGGCCACUGCGUAUCAGGUGAACCGAUGGAGAAACAACACGCUGGGGCUUCCGAACACGAGCCUCGAAAAGAUGCAGCCCAACAAGGUGCCUUUCUUGUACAACUUCAGCCCAAGUGUGGUCGCUCCGCCUCUGGACUUUUCAGACUGGAUCAGAGUGACGGGUUACUGGUUCUUGGACGAGGGUGGUGAGUGGGAACCACCUCAAGAACUGCAGGACUUUAUCACCAAGGCCAGGGCAGAUGGGAAGAAGCUGGUCUAUGUCGGAUUUGGAUCUAUUAUUGUCAAUGAUCCUGCCAAGAUGACACAAGAGGUUAUCGAUGCCGUACACAAAGCCGACGUUCGAUGCAUUCUUUCCAAGGGUUGGUCCGACCGCAUCUCCUCCAAGGAAGAUCCAAACAAACCACGAGCUCCAGAGCCAGAGAUGCCUCCGGAGAUUCAUGUCAUCAAGUCGGCGCCUCAUGACUGGCUGUUCCGGCAAAUCGACGCUGCCGCACACCACGGUGGCUCAGGAACGACAGGUGCCAGCUUGCGAGCGGGUAUCCCAACAAUUAUUCGACCAUUCUUUGGAGAUCAGUUCUUCUUUGCCAGCAGAGUCGAGGAUCUUGGUGUUGGAGUUUGGGUCAAGAAAUGGGGAACCAACAGCUUCGGUCGAGCACUCUGGGAAGUGACUCGAAACGAACGCAUGAUCGUCAAGGCGCGUGUCCUUGGCGAGCAGAUUCGAAGCGAGGCCGGCGUUGAGAACGCUAUUCAGUGCAUCUACCGUGACCUCGAGUACGCCAAGAGCCUGAUCAAGCGUAAGGCGGGCAAGAAUGAACAGCCGGAUUCCGGUGAAGACGACGAUACAGAAGAGAGCUGGACGUUUGUCGGAAGAGACGAACCGGAUCCCGAUGUGGUCACCAAGAAGUUAAGCGAGGGCUUGGCCGGUUUAGGUACCGGAAGUGAGCGAUCACUUGGAAGCCAGGUUCAGAGCUCAGUUGCGACAUGA